CUCGGCCCGUGGCCCCGCCUCUUCCCGGCAUCCCUGGCGGCGCGCGGGGGGUGGUGAGGGGCCGGGUCUAUGGCGGCGGCGGCCUGAGGCGGGCCUGGAGGCAGCGCUUCCACUAUGCACAGCCUGGCCACGGCUGCGCCCGUGCCAACGGCACUGGCGCAGGUUGACCGAGAGAAGAUCUACCAGUGGAUCAAUGAGCUGUCCAGCCCUGAGACGCGGGAGAAUGCGUUGCUGGAGCUGAGCAAGAAGCGUGAGUCUGUGCCUGACCUUGCGCCGAUGCUGUGGCAUUCAUUUGGCACAAUCGCAGCCCUCCUUCAGGAAAUUGUAAAUAUUUAUCCAUCAAUCAACCCUCCAACUUUGACAGCCCAUCAGUCCAACAGAGUCUGCAAUGCUUUAGCUCUGCUACAGUGUGUUGCAUCACAUCCUGAAACGAGGUCAGCUUUUCUGGCAGCUCAUAUUCCUCUCUUCCUGUACCCCUUCUUGCACACAGUUAGCAAGACACGUCCAUUUGAGUACCUGCGGCUCACGAGCCUCGGAGUGAUUGGGGCCUUGGUGAAAACUGAUGAGCAAGAAGUGAUAAAUUUCUUGUUGACAACAGAAAUUAUCCCCCUGUGCUUACGCAUUAUGGAGUCUGGCAGUGAACUCUCCAAAACGGUUGCUACAUUUAUUCUUCAGAAAAUCCUCCUGGAUGACACAGGGCUGGCAUAUAUCUGUCAGACUUACGAGCGGUUUUCCCAUGUUGCCAUGAUACUGGGUAAAAUGGUCCUGCAGCUCUCCAAGGAGCCAUCAGCGCGGCUGCUGAAACAUGUUGUCCGCUGCUACCUUCGCCUUUCCGAUAACCCCAGAUGUAGGGCACGUGAAGCUCUCAGGCAGUGCCUUCCUGACCAGCUGAAGGACACCACCUUUGCCCAGGUCCUUAAGGAUGACACCACCACGAAGCGCUGGCUGGCUCAGCUCGUCAAGAACCUGCAGGAGGGUCAAGUCACUGACCCACGGGGCAUCCCUCUUCCUCCGCAAUGACUACUGGCCGAGGUGGGGGACUGGGGAAGAAACAGCUCAGGUUUACAGAGAAUGAGGAACGGAUGAUCUCUUCCGCAACAAACUGGGCACACCAGCUGGCUGCCGACCUGUUGGACCAUCCUGCCCAGCCCAAGACUGCUCUGUGGCAGUGCAGCAUGCCUCUGGGGAUCACAGCACCAGCAAAUGCUGAUACUACAGCUAAAAAACAAAUCAAUAAAAACAACCUGUAAAGAUCCCCCUCUCUCCAGGGGCCUUGGCUGGCAUCUCCCCCCACCACCAGACAGGGGUAGUGGAUGUCCACUCUUCCAGCUAGCUCAGCCUCUGCCCAAGCAGUGUGUGACACAGAGUGUGCACGCCACGUCCCUCCAGUUCCUUGUCACUUCUUGUUUACAUGUCUGUUUAGAUGAAUGAGCUGAAUAAAAGCCAUUCCAGUUUUAUCCAUUCUUAAAACUGCUACUUAGCUGCAGGUAGCCUGGGAACAGCUUUCUUCCUUGCCAGCAUAUCCUUGCUUCUGCCUCUACACCCAGCUGCUGCAAUGUGCUUCCCUCUGCCUUUUCUUUGGUGCGGAGUCAGUGGCUGGAGCUGGGCCACAACAACGUUUGCCCCAGGAGGAGAGGUGGAUUACUUUGUGAUGAACACAUGCCAUAAGCUUGCUUCCUGGGCCUCUGAGGGAGGUGGAGACUGCAGGACUGUGGUCUUGUGCUGUAAAUAGUGCACUCCUGCAGUUAAGCAGUGGCUGAUGUGUGCUGCCUAGUGUCUAGCCCGGCUGUUGCCUGGAGAGGCCGCUGGCUGGCUUGCCAAAUGGAGUUCAGCCUUAGGGAACCUGCCUUGUGGUGGGCAGGUCACCAACCGAUGAUCCUCUGCUGUGGGAUAGCUGGGAGUGACAUCCUGCGGGCUCCAGGUAUGCCAGCUUCUGUGCUUGGUGCUGCCUGCCAGGCGCCUGUCAGUCCUGACCCCCCUCCCUUUCCCUCUCCUCCAGCUCAUCUCUGCCAGCCAGCCGCAUCCAUUUCUGCUUUCAAACCUGCCUUGGCGUCUGCCUGAGCCCCAUGGCAGUUAAACUGGACCAGCAGCUGUUUACCUGCCUUCCCUGCGCUGAGGGGUUGCUGUGGCCGCAGCGGGCUCUCGGCCACAAAGAGCUCUCAAGUUCUGCUGCAAUGGAGCCUGCGCUUGGCUCCAGGCACCCUAGGCAUCUACUUGAUCUGCCCCCCCUCCUCGAGUAGCUCAUUUUGCUGAUCAUCCAUGGUGUUGUGCCAACAGUGUCUUAAAUCCCAUCAUUUCCCUCCUCCCUUUUCAGCCUUGCGUAACAAGGGCAAGGCAUGGCCUCUUCCUUGCCUCUGGGUCUCGUUUUAUAACCAUUGCCUCCUCCUUUUCCCUCCACCCUGACCUUGACA